UAGUUACUCUUACCGAAGCGAAAACACAUAAAAGGAAGCAAUGUAUAUAUGUAUAUAAAAGAAAAGAAAAUCCGAAUUUCCGCCAUAAAAGCAACAGCAAAGCUCCCUAACUAUUUUAACUGAGAAGCAGAUGCAACCGACACCUUCUAGUACUGGAGCUGGAGGCGGUGGCGGCGGCGGUGGUGGCGGCGAACUAAAUCGAGGUGGCCUUGGGCUUGCGCGUUUCCGUUCAGCUCCGGCAAAUUGGUUAGAAGCACUUCUAGAAGAAGGAGAAGAAGGAGAAGAUGACCCAUUAAAGCCAAACCAGACCUUGACUCAGUUACUUUCAUCAAACACUCCUACAAGUAGAAAUUCCGUUCCUUUUGGUACUUCUUCGGUUGAACCGGGUAAUUUUUUUGAACCGGCAGAUUUUCAAAGGCAAAACAGCUCUCCUGCUGAUUUUCUUGGAAAUUCUGGGAUUGGAAGUGAUGGGUAUUUUUCUAAUUUCGGAAUUCCGUCGAAUUAUGAUUACAUGUCACCAAAUAUGGAUGUUUCGUCAUCCAGUUCUAAACGGGCUAGAGAUGUUGAGUUGCAUCAUUCUUCAUCGGCUAAAUAUCCAUCUUCAUUGAAAGGAGAGCAAAGUGGACAGUCACCUGGUGGGAUGUCUAGUUUGAUUGAAAUGGAGAUGGAGAAGAUAAUGGAGGACUCGGUGCCUUGUAGAGUUAGGGCGAAGCGAGGUUGCGCCACACAUCCAAGGAGUAUUGCAGAGAGGGUGCGAAGAACUCGAAUUAGUGACAGGAUAAGGAAGCUUCAAGAACUUGUGCCUAACAUGGAUAAGCAAACGAACACUGCAGAUAUGUUAGAUGAGGCAGUGGAAUAUGUUAAGUUUCUUCAGAUGCAAAUUCAGGAGCUCACAGAACAUCAAAGGAAAUGCACAUGCAUUGCCAAAGAAUAACAGGAAGAAGAUGAAAGCCUGUCAUGAAGGUUACACGUCUAUAGAGUCUAUGUUCAAGGAUUACUGCUUCAUCGUGGAAAAAAUUCCUCUCUGAAGUUCACUUGGUAGUUGUAAAAUAUUGUACACAAUAAUAUAUUUUUCAAGGUAGUACUCAUCAUGCUUCUAUAUUCAUUAUAUUAUUCUUCGUAUGAUGCCAUAUGUUUAGAAAUCUGUAUUUUAUUGAACCAUCUAUUUGCAUACCAAGAAGCAUUCAAUAAAUUCUUUGGCUGAUAAUUCAUACAAGCAUUCAAUAAAUUCU